CUCUCUUGACGCGGGAAGAUGUGACGCAUAAUGUACUAUGUAGGCUAUACAUUAUACCUUUUAUAUUAUCAUGGAUGUUUGCCACUAAGGCAGAUUGACACGGGAGUGAAACAGUAUCUCUUCAUCAAAUCUAAU